UGUGUUGCACUCGUUGCAGUAGGAGGGUCCAUGUGCACAGAAUGACGUUGCUCUGACUACAAGUCCGACUCCGUUUGUUUUUAUUACUCUUUUUUUUUUAAAUCUAGGGCCCGCUCUCGGUAAUGUGUCAAAUUGCGGUCAGAAUGUGAGCGGAUCCGCCGCUGUGGUCCGACCCGUGGCUGUAGUGCGUCCUGUCAGCGGCAGCGGCUGUGUGCGCUGUGGAGGAUUACUACAAGAGUGAGAAUACGCAGUAGACUUCAGUGUGUGUCGACCUGUCAAACUGCAAACUAUGAACUGCGAAGAGUAGAUUGACAGACAUUUGUUGAUAUUUAUUGACUUUGCUUUGCGUGUCUUUUUUUGUCCUCUGGAUUAUCGCUGCCCAGCAACAACCGCCACCUGACAACUCUGAAUGUCGUAAUUAAGAUGAAUCAAUGAACCAGCGAUGGAGACCAAAAGAUACCAAAGUUUAUUUGACGGAAGUGAUACAGAGAACAAAUGGUCUCAGGUUCCUAGUACCAUGGAGUACAGCUGCAGUACAGAGGAUUCCAGUCUGAGUGGCGGGGACAUCCUGAUGGACAUUGUCAACGUCAGCUGCCCUGCUGGAAGCCCAGCUCCUGAUGGCAAAGGCAACAAUGUAAAGAAGCAGGAGCAGCCAAUGCAUCGGCUCGGCCAGAACCAGCCAUUUGUUCUCCCACACUUCAACAACUCUCUUCAUGGUCAUAAGCAGGAAAUGGACUCUAAGGAGCUUUCCAAGACUGUGGCUGAGUCCAUGGGCCUUUAUAUGAAUGCUGCCAGGGAGGCAGAUUUUGCUUUUAACCAGCAUGGGAGUAGUACCAGCCCUGGGAAAAUGUAUCCGGUGUGUGGACGUACUCUAGAAGAGAACCAGUGUGGUUCCACAAAAAGCUCUAAGUUAAAGCCAUUUGGCUUCCAGCAGCCCAGCACCACCCCCAGAGAAUGCACCGCUGGGACUCCAGUUAGUUCAGCGUCCAUGCUGGCCUCGUCCCUGUCCUGCAGUCCGCAGACCUCCAGCUCCAUCUCCAGUCCAGGUGGCAGCAACAACAUGGUGUCAUCUACCACAAGUCCCCCCACAUGUUUCGGACCACCGUGUUCAUCAGUCAGUAGUCCUGUCAGCCAGACAUCGUGUGCUCAAACUGGGGCCAACAUCAAACGCAGGAAUUCAGCCACAUGUAGCCCUGUAGAGUCCAGCACCGUGGGCUCUCCGCCACUAACCAGCCCACUCAACGUGAUGAGGUCCCCCAUGUCCAGCCCUCAGAGUAUGGGCAGCGUGAGAUCACCUCCGUCCUGCAGCACUACGUGUAACAUUAGGUCAUCUGUCUCCAGCCCCACAGGUGGCAGUUGCACCAGCACUGGCAACAACGGCAACACAGUAAGGCACCCAAUCUCCAGUCCGGCCACAGGGGGCACCAUGGCUGUCAGCAGCCCCCAGAACCCCUCCUCUGGUGGCUUUCCUGUGUCAAGUCCGGUUGGUGGACUGGGUUUGGUGCAGAAUGACACCAACAGUCCAGAAGCAGCAGGUCUAACUAGAGACCUUGACUUCAAGAACUUUGAGUUUCCAAAAGUAGAGAUGGUUGACGGUGAAGUAUUCAACGUCGGCUUAGACCAGAUGGGCAUGGUUAAGUACAUUAAGAACGAGCCGGGAACUGACUUCAGGAGCAUGUGUCUAGGAAGCUCCAAGUGUAACACAAGUAGCACACCCUUUAUCACACAGAUUAAGAGUGAGCCAAACAAAAAUGAGGGAUGUAUGAAUCAACAGCCCUACGGUGAACAGUCACCAUCUCUUGGUCUCUUUCCUGCAUCUGAGACCACCUAUUUGUCCCUAAGGAAUAACAUUGAUGAAUACAGUCUUUCUGGAAUCUUAGGACCCCCUGUCUCCUCCAUGAAUGGGAACUAUGAGUCCGAUGUGUUCUCCAACAAUGUCCUGUCCAAAGGGGUUAAGCAGGAGUCCAAUGAUGGCAGCUAUUACCAAGAGAAUAACAGCAUGCCCACAUCGGCCAUUGUUGGAGUUAAUUCCGGUGGACACUCAUUCCAUUACCAGAUUGGAGCGCAAGGAACAAUGUCUUUCACGCGGCAUGAUGUGAGGGACCAAUCCAACCCUUUGUUGAAUCUAAUUUCUCCUGUGACAGCGUUAAUGGAGUCGUGGAAAACUCGGCCAGGCAUGUCACAGGGGUCACUGUCAGCCAGAGGUGAGGGUUACCCGGGUCAGAACUGCAUCACGGACAGCAUGACCAGCUCGCCAUUGAGACAGCCGUCCUCAACGGCCAAAGUGUGUCUGGUAUGUGGAGAUGAGGCGUCGGGAUGUCACUACGGGGUUGUGACGUGUGGAAGCUGCAAAGUCUUUUUCAAAAGAGCGGUCGAAGGUCAGCACAACUACCUGUGUGCCGGGAGAAAUGACUGUAUCAUUGACAAGAUCCGAAGGAAAAACUGUCCGGCAUGUCGCGUACGGAAGUGUCUCCAGGCCGGGAUGAACCUCGGAGCACGAAAAUCCAAGAAGUUGGGGAAGCUGAAGGGAGUCAGCGAGGACCUGCAGAGCUCUAAGGACGGCCAGACCGCCACCGGGGGCGUUGGAAGCGGAUACCUGUGCUCAGAGAAGGAGCUGAACGCCAGUGCUGCCAAUGCCCUGGUGCCCCACGGGCCUGGGGUGGUCACACCUUUUCUGCCGCCGUCCAUCUGCAGCGUGUUGGAGCUGAUCGAGCCUGAAGAGGUGUACUCUGGCUACGACAACACGCAGCCUGACACCACUGACCACCUGCUGUCCAGUCUCAACCGCCUGGCCGGAAAGCAGAUGGUACGCAUGGUGAAGUGGGCCAAAGUACUUCCAGGUUUCCGGGGUCUGCCCAUUGAGGACCAAAUCACCCUGAUCCAGUACUCAUGGAUGUGUCUGUCCUCCUUUUGCCUUAGCUGGCGCUCCUACAAACACACCAAUGGACAGAUGCUCUACUUCGCCCCUGACCUCAUCUUCAACGAGGAGCGCAUGCAGCAGUCAGCCAUGUACGACCUGUGUCUGGGCAUGAGGCAGGUCAGCCAGGAGUUUGUACGGCUGCAGCUAACCUACGACGAGUUCCUCUCCAUGAAGGUGUUGCUGCUCCUCAGCACAGUUCCCAAAGAGGGUCUGAAGAACCAGGCGGCAUUCGAGGAGAUGAGGGUAAAUUACAUUAAGGAGCUGCGGCGUUCAGUGGGAAAAGCAACUAACAACUCUGGCCAAACCUGGCAGCGCUUCUUCCAGCUCACCAAGCUACUGGACGCUAUGCAUGAUCUGGUUGGGAAUCUCCUGGACUUCUGUUUCUACACCUUUCGAGAAUCACAGUCACUGAAGGUGGAGUUCCCCGAAAUGUUGGUGGAGAUCAUCAGCGACCAGAUACCAAAGGUGGAGUCAGGCCUCACUCACACACUCUACUUCCACAAGAAGUGACUCAAUGAACAGCUGGGACAGAAGCAGCAUUAAGAAACUGGAACAAGAAGAAGAAGAGGAAGAGGAGGAGGUUCAAAGGAAGAAAGGAGAAGUGCAAGGACGGCCUGCCACCAGUUGGCACCCUGCACCCUGUCGCCCAUAGUCUGCCAGCGUCCUCGUCUCGGGAUGGGAAAGUUAAGAGGUGGCGUGGUGACAGAAGUCAAAGAGGAGGAGGUUUUGACCCUGCAGUCACCAUGAAGCGGGGGCAGAGCUGUGAAUAAUUAGUGGAGCCGAGCGUGACACACGGAGAAGGACUUGUGACAAAUGUGACAAAGCAUCCUGAAGUACCCCCUCCCUUAUGCCCCCGGUCCUCCUGCCCCAAAGACGAUAACAGUAUUUUCUAUGGAGAAAAAGCCAUACAUGUCUUAGGAUGCGCUAGAUAACGUUCACUACACACACACACAUAUACACACACACACACACACAUACACACACAUAGAGGGAAAGUCGCUCAUGCUGUCCACAUGCCUUCACACAAAUGCACAGAUGCACUCCACAUGCACUAAAAUCCCACUCCCUUAGAGAAAAUUUCUUUUGCAAAUAUUUACUGUGGCUUAUGCAGUCUUUCACGAUUAAUAGCACUAUGAAAAAAUGCCAAUACUUAGAUUUCGCUUUGCAGUGUAGCAACAAAACUGCAAGACUACAGGGCAAAAGGACAUUAUGAGGAGGCACAGAAAUUCUAGACUGUAAGGCGAAAGGUCUAUUUGAAUAUAUUCCAAGGGCUAUACAAGCGUCAUCAUAAGCUGAAUAAUUACAAUCUAACAAGUCCAUGCUUGAUUCUCAAUCGGUGUCAUAACAGCCAUUAAACAUUCACAUACUGAUUUUUUUAAAAACUAAAAUAUGUAGUAAAACAAUCAAGAUUAAUAUGCAAAAGUCCAAAGCUAAAGCUGUUUUGAAAUUUAAAAAAAAAAAAAAAAAAAAAAAGUCUCUCUUGUGUAAAGAAAGCUUGCACGUGAAGCUCCCAUGUCAUAAAGUCACUAUUUUAGGCAUUGUGGUGUAGAAUUAAGACAAUAUUGAUGAGCAAUUACCUUUUGUGCAAUGGUUCAGGAGUGCGGCAGGAUGAAAAAUACAUCGUGCAUUUUAGGGGAACAAUUUCAGUCCUAGAGCCUGCUGGUAAUGGAUUUGACUGAGGUGCAUCCGUAGUAAUUGCUGUCAUUUAUGUUAUCUCCAGAGCAGCUGUCCAAAUGUCUGUUUUUACUCACAAUGAAGCAAAACCAGCCCUUUGUGAACCGACACUUAUCUACUCUUCCCAGAAAUAAUAAAAGCAUUUUAUAAAAGUGUGUUGCAAAGGUUUAGUUUUUGACAAGCCAGUCAUUUUACAUUAUGGUGCUUUAUUUCUACAAAGCCAGGCAAAACAUAACGUGUACAGUAACUUGGUCCAUAUAAUCUACUAAGUGUGGGCACACACAUAUUCUGUAAAGUUGAAAUAAUCUAAAAUGAAGUGUUACUCUUGCAGUGCUUAGCAACCGGCUAAUGUAUCAAAAAUCAGGCAGAUGUGUACAGGUAUUAACAACGUAAACUCACUCUAUUUAGCUGUUGUACAGAAGAUGUUUUGAAGUACAUGUCAAUGAAUGCUUGAUGAGCAACUGUUGGUAUGAUCACCAUUCUUGAUUCCCUUUUUUUUUUUUUUUUUUUUUUUUAUAUUCUGGCCAAGUACUACUAUUUUAGCAGGCCAAGUCAUCUGGACCAUUAGCUUGUCUCACACUCCAGUGAUUUCUGGGUAGUUGUGGAACACUACAAAUGAUGCUACUGAAAAACGAACGAGAACAGCGGGGGCGUGUGAUGAUUUUUUUUUUUUUUUUUUUUUUUUUUUUUGUGCCCUGUGAGUGUGUAUUUACAUGUGUGUAUGCGUGAGAGAGUUAAGUUUGUAAGUGUGCGUAUUUUCUUUUCUCCCUGGCAAGCAUGUGUGUAGUUGAUCUGCUCUUUCAGUGUGGGUAUUAUGCAUUUUAUGUUAUAGGAUUAGCCAUAUCCUAUUUCCACAUUUAGAUUUGCACAGAGGACAUACAAUGUGAAAUGAGGCAUUAGUGCAGCUAGCAGGAAUUUUCUGUUUUGAUAAGCAACUGUGAUGAUGCGGGAAAAGACUUUUCUGCAUGGUCACCCAGCCUAAAGUUAGACAACAUGACAUCAUUUAGCACAGCAGGGGUGGUUUACUGUAUUUGUGGCCUCAGCUCUCAAGAUGAUGAUGAUGAUGAUGAUGAUGAUGAUGAUGAUGGUGCUGUGCUACAGUAUGAUGUCUCUUCUGUGGUGGCAGAUUGGUAUACAAAGAGAUGGAAGUGGCAGCAUCCCAACCGUCAUUAUCAGAAAAGCCUCGUUUUUUUUUUUGACAUCCGUCUUUGUUGUGCAUCAUUGUGUUCAACCUGUGAAGGACCCUUAAGCUAAUCUCUCACAGUUUCUUUCUUUCGUCCCCUUUUUUUUUUUUUUUUUUUUUGUUUUUGGUCCUUUUUAAGGAAUAAAACCUGUCUAAAGGUUCAUAGGAUGAAUGGGAAAGUAUUUUUGAGAGAAUUAUAUUUUGCUGGAAAAAAAAUAUUUAAGUACUUUGUCUAAAAAUGAUAUCCUUUUUGUAAAAUGAAAUGUUAAUGCAUGCUUUUUGACGAGAUGUUUACAUUGUAUUUAAAAAAGGGAAACUUGUGCCUUUUUAUCUCACCUGAUUUACAAUUUUACAGUAUAUAUUGUAAAUAAUACAGCAAGUCCUUAUGUUGAGUAUAGUAUAAAACGUUUCUACUUUAACCAUCUCGUUGGAAUAUUGGAAAAAUGUGCGUUUCCCACUCGCCAUGUUCUGUGUGUUGGAUCACAGAGAAGAAUUUUACAGUAAGGGUUGGCGCCACAACGGGCCAAAUGGAGAAAUGAAUGUAACAUACAUUGUGAGAGACUUAUGGAACUUACUACCUGAAUGUUAGAGAGAGUACUUUUACUAUCUUCUUAUUAAGUAAAGUUAUAUGAUUUUGCAUUUGUUUUUUACUUUUUGCAUUAUUGUUCACGUGGCUCAAACAAAAGAAAAAUACAAUAAUCAUAAAAUAUUUCUUAUUUUGUAACAAGAUGUAUCAAGUGAUGGAUCCUUGAGUUGUUGCUGUUGAAAUCAUUUCCUAACCCAUGAUGGUAUUAUUGAUGAGCACCACAAUAAAAAAAAAAAAAGAAAAAAAGAAAAAAAAAAAAGAAACCACAAACUAUCAAAACUGGGAUAUAUGGAGAAAAAAAAGUGAAAUAAAAACAUGGAUGUAGACCCGAAGUUCAGCUCUCUGCAGAAAUUGCACUAAGAAAACUAGUUCCAGGCAUAAUUUGAUCCAAAGAAUGGUACUGUAGAGAAUAUUAAGAGAAAUGGACAGUGGAAUCAUAAUAAUAAAAGUUUCAUUUGGCCUUGUAAUAAUACAAUAUGUAAAAACAACACAUUAUGUAAUAACUUGACAAAAUGUUAUACGUUUUCACCUCAUUAUGUAAUAGCAAUUACAUUUUGUAAUAUUCAACAGCCUGAGUGCAAUAAGUAAUAAAUCAUUACAUAUUGCAGUGGUUAUCCCUAGUUGCACUAUUCUCCACUGUAGCAGGUGCAUUUUGAGUACACUGAAGUGUUAAGAUGUUAACAGACUAUUGCAGUAGUCGACUAUCCUAGAAAUAAACAUACAAAUUAAGUUUGUAAGGUCAGCAUCUGAAAAUGUAGUUCCUGAGUGUGGCUGUAUUUGUACGGUAAAUGUGAGGAAAAAAGUUGUUCUUGCUACUGAAUUUAUGUGCCUAUUUAUGCUAAAAUCAGACUGUAUCAUCUAUCAAAAUUAAAGUUUCAGUAUGUAA